UAAUAACUCUGUGGCUUUUUGGCGUUUCUUGGCACCGUUGAUUGGUGCGUCAGACCCAACAGGACACCUGGAAUUCACACCUUAAAUCCACUCCUCCUGACCUCCUAUUGGUCAGAAGGUCGCAUAUACGCGACAUCGGCGCACGAUGACAGCACAGCCAAACCAUCAUGCGUUUCAAGCACGUUCCGGUCGUGUUCCAGCCGUGCGCAAACAGCGCCAUAUGCCAAAACCUGGGUCUCAGCGAGGCGCACCAGGGAGCGCACAUCCACGCGAGCGAGGAUGUGCGUUCCCCGAGUUCAGGGCCUUCCAGUCCGCAGUCUGUGCACUCAGACUCCAGCUGCACCAGCCCAGAAACCAAAUGUGCCUCCGCACCGCAGAGGGUCCGGAGGCCCCUGAACGCCUUCAUCAUCUGGACCAAAGAGGAGCGCAGGCGCCUGGCGCAGCUCAACCCUGACUUGGAGAACACGGAUCUGAGCAAAAUCCUUGGUAGGACCUGGAAGGCGAUGUCUCUGGCUGAGAAGCGUCCAUACAUGCAAGAAGCUGAGCGUCUGAGGGUGCAGCACACCAUCGACCAUCCAAACUACAAGUACAAACCUCGUCGGAGGAAGCAGCUAAAGAAGAGCUCCAAACCUUCAGCUGCAGAUGCCCGGGUCACCCGCCCCUCCCUCUGCAACGGUGUGCCCCACAACCUGACAUACCUGCUCCACAACCAGCAACAAGCCUAUACGCCUACUUACCCAACCCCCUCAGCUAACAUCACCCCUUUGAGGAGCUAUUCAGCCCCCCCUGCAGCAGCUUUUCUUGAUGUAAGUCAGCCGGUGGCGUACCCGGGCCCACCAGUGUACCCUGUGGAGCCCCAGGUGUAUUAUGGAAAGCAGCACAGGCAGGUGCAGGAGGAUUUAUCCAGCUUUGCGGGUGCAGGGGGGCUCCGUGGGGAGCAGGGGGGCUCCAAGGUGUACGGCGGACAGUUUUGCUCAGCUGGACCCUCCCUGGAGUUUUACUUGGAACAGGUUCAGGUGGACAUGCUGUACGAUCUGGACCGCAGCGAGUUUGAACAGUACCUUUGUCCAGCAGUCCACAAGCCGGAGCCGGCUAAGCCCAGCGGCUACCAGAGCGGAAACAGAUGAAGCCGCUCACUCGGCUGAAACAACCCCAAAACAAGCGUAUUUAUUUAAAUUAUUUCGAGUAUUUUGGCCUGUCCAGGGUCAGUGCCCACAGGGAUCAGCUCCAGCUCUCCCAUGGCCCCUAACAGGACUAAACGGGUGCAGAGAGUGAAUGAAUGAAGUUCAGUGUUUCAGUGUUGAAAAUGUGCGUUUGCUUUCACUGACUUUCUACUAGAUUUCAAUAUCAUGUAAUGUCUCAAAAAAUGUGAAUCUUAAAAUGACUGUGUGCUCAUU